AUGAUAACGGGAGCGAAGAAAAGAAGGACGAUAACGGGAGCGAAGAAAAGAAGGACGAUAAAGAAGGACAAUAGAGGCAGUGAAGAAAAGAAGGGCGAUAACGGGAACGAAGAAAAGAAGGGCGAUAAAGGCAGCAAAGAAAAGAAGGGCGAUAAAGGCAGCGAAGAAAAGAAGGGCGAUAAAGGCAGCGAAGAAAAGAAGGACGAUAACGGGAACGAAGAAAAGAAGGACAAUAGAGGCAGCGAAGAAAAGAAGGGCGAUAAAGGCAGCGAAGAAAAGAAGGACGAUAACGGGAACGAAGAAAAGAAGGACAAUAGAGGCAGCGAAGAAAAGAAGGGCGAUAAAGGCAGCAAAGAAAAGAAGGGCGAUAAAGGCAGCGAAGAAAAGAAGGGCGAUAAAGGCAGCGAAGAAAAGAAGGAUGAUAAAGGCAGCGAAGAAAAGAAGGACGAUAAAGGCAGCGAAGAAAAGAAGGAUGAUAAAGGCAGCGAAGAAAAGAAGGACGAUAACAGCAACAAAGAUGGCUUCCUAUUUUGGACAUUUACACACUCUUUUAAAAGUGCACAGUGUCCUUGCUGCAGCAUUACACUGAUAACCGCCAGCACAACCCGAGGUGCAGCACUGAAGUACAGAAGUGUCCUGCACAUGGAUCCGAGUUGCGCCAUGAGGAUUCUUAAAGGUUGGCACAUGUUGGAUGCCAAUAUCUGUGGAUUUGAGGUGCAUGUAACUGUUGCUCAUGGAGAUGUGACAGAAGAGUUAAUGGUGAACUUCUCCUAUGCAGUAAAAAAUGUUGAUGACAUGAUAAAAUUGGAGCAAGCAUCAGUAUUUCUGGAUCAUCUGACUAGUAUCCGCAGUAAUAUGACAUAUACAAUUCAGGUAAAAGCCAGUGAGGUGCUUUCGUUGCUGUGCUCACAGUUGUCGUACCUUCAGGCUAAAGGUGAUAACUCUUCAGAAAGAAUAGUCUCGGCUGCCAAUUCUCUGUUUCAUGCAGCUGAUCAUUUGCUGGAUGCUAUGGACAUUGCCAGCAUCAAUGAGAUGAUGAUGAGGAGAGCCAGCAGUACAAUAGAGUCUCUAGAGAAAAUACAAACUGUGCUCUUGACCAUGUUAAAGGAAGGAGACAAACCAAUUAUCAAACAAGGACAGAAAGUUAACAUGUACCUGAGGAGGAUCAGAUCAAGUAACUUGUCUGGAAGCACCAUUUCUACCCCAGAACCUGUCCAUGCUUAUUUCACUUUCCCUUCUAAAAGUGCUUUAAACAACAUCAUUGAGAAGCAUCCAGUGAUACAAGUAAAAAUGCUCAGUUUUGAUUUCAAUCCAUUCGGAUCAUUUGGAGGGAAAGCCAUCACUGGUGGUGUCGCUGGUUUGUCUCUGCUGUCCUCUAACCACACUGAAGUUGCAGCCUACAAUCUGUCAGAGAAUAUUGAGAUUGUGCUUUUCAGGGAUAAUGUGAGCGACAUGUUCAUGAAAGAAUACAGGUCAUCUGGACGUCGCUUGAGCAUGGAGCUAAAUGUCACUUCAGAUGAGGAUUCUAUCGUAAUUCAAAUAAAUUCAGAAGAGCGUUGCUCCCUACAGAUGUUCCUUGGUUUCCAAUAUAUGCCCAAUGAAACAAUGUUUCAGCUUCAAACAGUGCUUCCAAUUAUAAAUACCAAUGGAGAUCACAUAUGUACCUGGAUUCUGACUCCUAGAAUGCUACAGCAUGGAGAAGGAGUUUACUAUGUGAUGAUUGAACCAUCAAACAUGUCACAGGCAGAGGUUUUGAACUAUAACGUCAGUGUAUUUACAACACAAUGCUUAUUUUGGACAGGAGAGAAAUGGUCACACAAUCUAUGUCAGGUUGGACCACAGACGACUCCUGAUGAAAGCCAUUGCCUUUGUAACCAUCUAACAUUUUUCGGCAGUACCUUUUUUGUUAUGCCCAACACACUGGAUUUGGCACAAACACCACAACUGUUUGCUCAAACUAGUCAAAACCCUGUGGUGGUGUCACUUGUAGCUGCUGUCUUUGGUGUUUACAUCAUUGUUCUAGUUUGGGCUCGAGUAAAGGAUAGAAGCGACUUAAUCAAGGCAAAGGUAACAGUCCUAUUUGAUAAUGACCCUCUUGCACAACAUCGUUACCUGAUAAGAAUUCAAACUGGUCACCGCAAAGGGGCGGCUACCACAGCUAAGGUAGUAAUUAUGCUCAUUGGCUCUAAGGGACAUAGUGACCCUCAUUUCCUGACUGAUUCAGAGAAACAUGUCUUUGAGAGAGGCGCAGUCGAUGAAUUCCUUCUUACUACAUUCUUUUCACUGGGGGACCUUCAGUCCAUAAGGUUAUGGCAUGACAAUUCAGGAUCCAGUCCUUCUUGGUACGUGAAUCAUGUAACUGUUCUGGAUGUUGAAGCAGGCAAACAAUGGCACUUCAUCUGCAAUUCAUGGCUGGCAAUUGACAUAGAUGAAAACACGGUCGACAAAAUCUUCCUGACAGCCUCUGACAUGGAGCUGAAGAGUUUCAAAAAUGUAUUCUUUAUGAAGACAGCUGAAAGCUUUACAGAUGGACAUAUCUGGUUUUCAGUUGUUGAAUGCCCCCCAAGAAGUUUAUUCACCCGAGUUCAACGUGUUUCCUGCUGCUUUUCACUGCUGCUUGGUUCAAUGCUGACCAACAUCAUGUUCUGGGGCACAUCACCCGAAGAAUCAGCACAGGCCACAACACUGGGAAGUUUCAGUUCCUUCAUACAGGAGUUGAUGAUUGGGAUCGAGAGUGCAUUGAUCAUGUUCCCUAUCAAUGUGGGAAUAGUGCAGAUAUUCAGGUCCAUUCGCCAUCGACCAAAUGAGACAAAAGUAUUGGAAAGUGAAAGUGUUCAGAAGUUAUCAUCUACCAGCUUCAAUGCUCAUAGUCCAGAGUCUCUACUACAGGAUAUUAAGAAGAUUAUCAGCUUUAUUUCCAGGUCACUGUCUGAUGGAGUAUCUACGCUUGAAGAAGAAAUGAAUAAUACCAGUGAUCUCAAUCAAAUUUUAGUUCUUUUGGCCAAUUUUCUUCGCAUUAGAAUGGAACAACACAAUAUGAUUGAGAGUAUAAAUGCAACAGUUACUACAGAGGAGAAUCCCCCAGAUUUGAAGAAUCAGAAGUUUAAGCAGCAACAAUGCUGCUUAUACAUGUUACUGGAACAGCUGGAGGAAAAUUUAAAUCAGAUGGGUAUUUGUGCAUUCCAGAACCCCUACAGUCAAAUACAUGCUGUCGAUCAGGUACAGAAAAUGAAAUGUUUUUUGCGGAGCUCCCCACAAUUCAACGAUACAGUUUAUGAAAGAAAUACUACUGUAGACUCCAAGGACCUGAACAGAGUUUCAGCUGACACCAACCCCCAGCAGAACAGGACUCAACAGCAGUGCUUUAAGGGGCUCCCCUGGUGGUUUGUGUAUAUUGCUUGGUUUCUGGUGAUUUUAACAAGUGCUACAUCUGCUUUCUUCACCACAUUGUAUGGGCUGUCCUACGGCAAAGAAAAAUCUAUUAAGUGGUUAAUUUCCAUGGCAACAUCAUUGUUCCAAAGUGUGUUUAUUCUGCAGCCAGUAAAGGUUUUUUGUGCUGCUGCCUUUAUCGCUUUGUUUGUGAAAAAAGUCGAUCAGCAUCAUGUUGACGAACAGACUUUCCACCUGACAGCAGGAAAACUGGAUAAUUCUUCACAUAUAGACCGAAGUAGUACAAUUUACCAACCCCCAACGGUUCAAUUUGUAGAACAAUUGAAAGAGAAGAAAAGAAAAGAGAAGAAAAUGCAUGAAAAGAUCCAGAAGAUUCUGGUUCAUUUGCUAUUUUUUUCCUUACUGCUAACCAUUGCUUAUGGAGAGCAAAAUCCCAACUCAUUUUAUCUCAAUAGAGCCAUUAACCAGACAUUCACUCCUUCUUUCAAUGAUAUCCAAAGUACUGAGGAGUUUUACACCUGGACCAGCAAUUUCUUACUGCCCAAGCUAUAUGGAAGCCAUAAAGGAUUCAUUACUGAUGGGUACUCAAAGCUGCUUGGCAGCCCCCGCAUUCGGCAACUGAGAGUGAAAAAUAUUGAUUGUCCUGCAAUGAAGAUGUUAAAGGAACAUAUUAAACAUUGUGCAGUCCCUUAUUCUUUUGAUGAGGAGGAUAUGUCCAACUAUGGAGAGCAGUGGACAAACAACAUAUCGGAUUAUUCCUCAAAUCUCAGUUACAUCUGGCAAUACCAACCAAGAUUACAGGGCUAUUUUUGGAGAAAUUUUGCUCUGUACAGAGGGAGUGGCUAUGUGGCUGACUUGACAACAGAAAAAGAGAAUGCAUCCAGGAUUGUUAAAUAUUUAGCUGAAAGCAAUUGGAUAGACAGCCACACCAGAGCAAUCUUUGUAGAGUUCACAGUCUAUAAUGCAAAUGUAAAUCUGUUUUGUGCAACGACACUGACACUGGAGACGAAUGGUAUCGGGGCCUUUAUUACCUCCACAGAACUGGAAAGCAUACAACUGGUUCAUAACAGAGACAUUACAAUUCUGUUUGCUGCAGUAAAGAUUACGUAUUUGGUCUUUGUUGUUUAUUAUAUGGUGCUACAGGGAAAGCUCCUCAGACAGCAGCAUUGGAAAUAUUUCCAGGAUAAGUGUAACUUGAUGGAAACAUGCAUCAUCCUGUGCAGCUGGUGUGCUUUUGUACUGUUUAUUAAACGGCUAUCUCUGGAAAGAGGAACUCUACAUUAUUAUCUUGAAAAUCCUCAAAGAUUUGUUAGUUUCCAUGGGAUGAUGAGCAUAAACUCAGCUUUUACCUCCAUUAUUGCUGUUUUGGUGGCACUAACCACAAUAAAACUCUGGUAUCUGCUACACCUGGAUCCAAAGCUGCAUCUAUUCACAUCUGCAAUGCAGAGAGCCUGGGGGUGUCUCAGAGGUUUAUUUGUUGUCCUCAUUCUGCUACUUGUGUCCUACUCCAGUGUGACCUAUGUGAUUAUGGGCCUGAAUCUAUCGUCCUACAGUACAUUCUUCAAGGCUGUGACAACAAUCUUCCUUCUCCAGCUCGGGAGCUUUAACUAUGACGAGGUAUUAGAACAUUAUCCCAUUUCAGGUGCAAUUAUUAUUGCUUCCUCCACCAUCUGUAUGACGUUUGUGAUCUUAAACCUCUUUCUAUCAAUAAUUCUAGUGACCUUCAGAGAAGAGCGCAAUUCUCCGAUGCCAUCUGACGAUCAGGAAAUAGUAGACCUGCUGUUGAAGAAACUUUACAGCUUCUUUGGAAAUCAAGGCAAUGUGAAAUCCUCUAAGCAGAGAAAAGCUGACUAA